CUCUCACCAUCUCUAAGAAAACAAAAUGUCAUCAGAUCCGCGACCAUCAACACCGCCCCAUCAUCCAAACUUUGGUGUGCGCAUGUCCAGUGAGAGCAUCAACCGUUUGGUGCGCCACGUACUUCCCGACACUACCCACAUAGAAUUGGAGGCUCUUCCGUCUUUGAAGUCCUUCAACAACCGGAUCUACUAUCUUCAAUGUCAUAGAGAAUCCCAGAACGGCAACGAGUUAGCGCAUAUUGAUAAGCUUGUUGUCAAGAUCAAUGGUCGAGGAUUUGGGUCGGAGAAAAUACAAAAUGAGGUUUCUUGUCUACGCCUGCUGGAGCACUUUUGCCCUGAGAUUCCAGCGCCUCGUGCCAUAGCUUGGUCUCAGGAUGGAUUGACUAUCGAUACCAAAGACGCGCAGCGGGGUGAGGUGAAGCUCAAUGUUAUGGAUGAUAGUCCGGGUGGUUGGAUAUUGAUGACGAGAGUUCCCGGAAAGCCCAUCGACUUAUCUGCACUCAGCAAUGACGACAAGUUUCAUCUGGCGACACAAUUGGCAGAUCAUGUUACCAAUUGGCGGCGGGACGUCCCUCCUCGAAGCUUUACUGGGAACAUUUGCUUUCAUGAAAUGGACUGCCAGCCUGACGUCACAAUCCCAAGCUCGAAUAGCGCCAUUGAAAUACAGUUUCUCAUCAGAGGCAUGCUUGGAGAAGAGCUCCAUUGCCAAGAUGGUGUCGCUUCCCUUGCAGAGUACUACAAGCUCAGGAUAGAGAACAAGAUGAAGACUUUGCAGACGAACGAGACGUUUGCACCAAACAGAGAUCUCAUGCAGCCUCUUCAAGACUUCAUACUACAGGUCCUUCCCAAAUUCAGUAGCUUAAACACCAAAGACGACUUAUUCGUGUUCACUCACUACGAUCUAUCCCCAAGAAACGUCCUCGUGUCUGGCCAACCUCCUCAGAUCACUGGUAUCGUGGACUUCGAGUUCUCUGGCUUCUUUCCACCGCUCGACGAAUUCCUGAAUGACUGCAUCGCCAACGACGGCGAUUGGCCCAAAGUUAUGUACGACGUCUAUUUGAAGCGACUGGAGAGCAAUGGUAUACCAACACCUUUGGUAGGAAUCAAGAAAGAUCAUUGGGAGCAGAUGGCAUUGCUGGAAGAAUUGGUUGAAAAGAUUGCUCCUUGGUGGUUGCCUGGUGAAUUUCAAGUUGAACAGGUGGAACAAGAGCUGAAGAAGGUCAUGUCACGGGUUGGGAAAAUAUUGAAGAAGUUGGGGGAGUGA